UUCUCACGCAAAGGCACUGUUUGGUUGCUUUUUCUUGUUUCAAGGAAAGGCGAAGUCCCUACUCUGCACUGAUAUUUGCUUGCGCCACUCACUGGUGGAUUUAGCAAAAACUCAGUGAAAUUAGCGCUUUGCCGCUUUCCCCCCUGUUUUUUUUUUUUGAUGAAAAUCAGCCAAAAACGUCACCAAACGUCUUCGUAGUUCUAGAAGGUGUAUUUUUCUGGGAUGACUGAGGUUGCGCCAACUCGGAAUCCAUGGCUGAGUACAGAGCAGACAGCAAGAGUCGAUAUUAACGGUCAACAUUUAUCGACGUCGGACACGAUGGUGCUUGAUGGAGCAGAGCCUGGAUUUUCUGAUUCCCAGCCUCACCAAUCAAAUAUUAAAUCCGCCGGAAACUUAGGGAUUGGUGAAAGAGCUCUCUCUGCUGCCGGUGCUGCUUUCCUAUCAGCAAUUAUAGUUAAUCCUCUUGAUGUUGCCAAGACUAGGUUGCAAGCGCAGGCUGCAGGAGUUCCUUACUCCCACCCACUGAGUAAUAUCAUCAGUAGAAUGGCAUAUUUUGGGCCAAACAUGAUGUUUGCUGAUCUAAGGUGUUCACCGUCAUGCUCGCGAGCUGGAGUUCAUGGAACUGUAUCGAUUUGUCCUCCUGAUUGUUUCCAAUACAAAGGAACUCUAGAUGUCUUCUACAAAAUUAUACGACAAGAAGGAGUUGCAAGGCUAUGGAGAGGCACAAAUGCUGGUCUGGCCUUGGCUGUACCAACGGUGGGAAUCUACCUACCAUGCUAUGAUAUGUUUCGCAACUGGAUGGAGGAUUUCACCUCUCAGAAUAUCCCUGGUGCAACACCAUAUGCGCCUUUAGUGGCAGGUUCAUUAGCGCGUUCCUUAGCUUGUGCAACUUGCUAUCCCAUUGAACUUGCAAGAACCCGAAUGCAGGCAUUUAAAGCAGCAGCUCAAAUUGGUAAAAGACCUCCUGGAGUUUGGAGAACUUUGCUGGAGGUCCUCUCCCAUGUAAGGAGCACAGACAAUCUGCAAAACAACUUUAGAGGCUACCGCGUGUUGUGGACGGGCAUGGGGGCACAGCUUGCUCGUGAUGUUCCAUUCUCUGCUAUUUGUUGGUCAACCCUAGAGCCAAUCAGGAGAAGACUAUUAAGUUUGGUUGGUGAGGAAUCCAGUGCGGCAAGCAUUCUUGGAGCAAACUUUUCUGCUGGUUUUGUUGCGGGAAGUCUUGCUGCUGCUACUACAUGCCCUCUAGAUGUUGCCAAAACCCGAAGACAGAUAGAGAAUGAUCCUGUAAGGGCAUUGAGGAUGACAACACGGCAAGUGUUGAUGGAAGUUUGGAGGGAUGGAGGAAUGAAGGCGCUGUUCACAGGUGUUGGUCCUCGUGUUGGUCGUGCUGGUCCAUCUGUUGGGAUCGUGGUUUCAUUUUAUGAAGUUGUGAAAUAUGUUCUCCAUCAACAUUAUGCAACUUCAUAACAAAGGGGGUGUCAGUGCUUUAUCAGUUCUUUUUGGUCUCUGCCAAAUCAAUUUAAGUUGACUGGAAUAAGAGCAACAACUGGACAUUUGCGUUGGAGAAGCAGCCACCGGUUGUGAAUAAUAUGGCAAGCAAAGAAGAAAAUACAGUUUUGUAAGUGUUAGGUUUUUUCUAUUGGCCUGCAAGUGCAGACAGGAAUCUUAAUCUAGGUUUUUUCUGAGUUCUAGUCUCAGUUCACUAACUUAUUCCGGCCUAUGGCACUUUUGCUAACCCACAUCUAUACGAGGUUUUAACUGACAAGAAUCUUUCCGCAAAUGCCGUGGUAAUUAUAUUUUUACACUUAGGGAUAGUUCUGUAGCAGACUUCGAAUAUUACGAGGAAAGGAAUUGAGUUAAUUGUGAGUUUAUUUAGAAUAUUAUCACAUCUGCCAUCGCAUUUUUGUUUUUU